CCAAGGCAUUCUAAACUUGGUGAUUUAUCUCCAAAACAAGAUCCUACCGACACCAUACUUAGCCCAUAUACAGUUGUUCCCACCGUUUCCAAGGAAAUAUACGCAGCUUUUAAGGCUCUUGCGUCUUUUACCGGUCUAAACCAAUUCCCCAAGUUCAGUCCCAUUAGUCCAACUCGUACUGGAAGACCUAACAAAUUGAUCUUGGAAAUUAAAAGACCCGGCCCUUAUAUGUCCAGACUAGGCAGCAAAAAAAAGGAACCCGUUUGCCACCAUUACGGAAAGGGGACCCCGGUAAACUCCAGAUCCCGAAGUUCGCGAUGCCCGAACUCUUCGAAAAGAAGAGUUAGUACGGGCGCUUUGCCGAAAAGAGCUAAUCAAGAAAGAAAAACGACGAAGAAAUCUUUACUUGGAGUCCAAGAACAGAAGCUCGAAUUGAAGACCUCGAAAGCAAAAGAAGUACAAGCAAGCUGGCUGCAAGAUCUAGAAACGACGUCGUACUUUGGAGUUCUUUACUACGUCGGUACGGGGAGAUCUUGA